AUGCACAGAGACGGAAUUAGAGAUUAUUCAAAUAGGCUGCUCGCCUGGUACAAUCUAACUCUUUACAAAGGCAUUUCUUUGGGAGUAGUGGUUAUUUGUUUUCUUGUGACUCUUUUUCUUGUGAAUGUUGCUGCAAAUGUUUCUUCUUUUUGGUCGCCAAUCAAAGCAUACAACUACUCCCUGCAAGAUAUUGGGUGCGACUUUUUCAACACCGGAUAUCAGGGCAGCUUUGGCUUCAACGACGCUGUAGAUAUUGUUAUGAUUUGUUUUAUUGCAAUAACCGCGCUCUGCAUUGUCAUAAACCGGCUGGCAGUGUUCAUUGCUCUUAAGCUGCUGGCUGCCUUAACAAUUUCGUACCUCCUAAGAUGCUUCACUCUUAUGUCCACAGCGCUUCCGGACUCCUGGAACGUGGGCCUGCGCACCAUAGACGACACCUUUGCAAGCCUCUCCAGAGACAGGGGAGGGGACUUGAUAUUCAGCGGGCACACACUCCUUCUGUGCAGCUUUGCGCACUGCUGGUCAUCUUUCUACUUGCUCAGCGACUCUUUUGCAAUGCAUGUGAUUUCGGGAAUGAUCGCAUGGGUUGCUGUUUUGACUGUGCUGGUGUUUAUUAUAGUAGGAAGGCUGCACUAUACCAUUGACGUUCUUUUGGGAAUAUACAUAUCGUCUGGCGUCUGGUGGAGCCUUGACUACUUUUUAUCCAGGUACUUUGAAAUCCCCGUUUGCAAGCUAAAGUUCCGGCAGGAAAGAAUUCCCCCUAUGCUCAGCAACUCAGCAGACCCUGACAUGGCUGCAGAACAGCCAGUUUUACAUGAAUAA